AUGUUAUUUGUAUUUUAUGUUCUUCCGGAAUGUAUUUUCCUUGAAAUAGAAACCGGAAAACACAAAUUAUUUGUUUUAUGUGUUUUCCGGAAAAGUAUAUUCUCUAGGUGUGUUUUAUACAGUAUUUUCAUAUUAUUCCGGAAAACACCUUUAUAUUUAUCAUUUUUCUUUCAGUCAGAGAAGAAAGUAAAGAAGGUUAAAAAGAAGUCUAGAACCGGAUCAGAAGCCAGCUCUUUUGACCAGAAGACAAUUCAAGAAUUUAAAGAAGCUUUUGCAAUAAUGGAUCAAGACAAAGACGGAGUUAUAAGUAAAGGGGAUUUAAAAGAUUUGUAUGCAACUUUGGGAAGUAUUGCAAGUGAGUCACAAAUUGAUGCAAUGUUGAAAGAAGCUCCGGGGCCAAUUAACUUUACGGUGUUUUUGACUUUGUUUGGUGAAAGACUGACUGGAACUGAUCCAGAAGCAACGAUUGUUGGAGCUUUUCAAAUGUGGGAUAAGUCUGACUCUGGUUUCAUCACGGAAGAAGCUUUAAUGAAAAUCUUGAAGAAUAAAAGGGGCGAGCCUCUCAGUGAGGAUGAAGUUCAGUCAAUGUACAAGGGCAACCCUCCGAUUAGCGGAGGCAAGUAAAUGUGACUAUAAAGCAUUCGCACACCAAAUAUGUACUGGCGCUGCUGAGGAACUUACAAAAAUGA